GCUUCCUCUCGCAACGUGUUGUGGCGCGUAAAUCGGACUCUCAAACUGGUCGUCCUUGUAUCAUCCAAUGCGUCCUCACCCUACCGCUCUGUGUCUCGUUCCUCUGUCCAUCUGCCUAUUUGUUGAGGCUCGUCUUCAUCACUCCCUAGUCCCCGAGGACCCAUACGCAUCUCCCAAAUACCGCGUAACCUAUCUGAAUGGCCAGCCGGUGUUGAACGAGACCGCCCAGCGGUGGUUGCUCGAAGGACUGCAGGGGGGAGAACUGGAGUUCCUGGGGCAGCCAUGGAAGGAUGCACAGAUGAAACAACCUCCGCUGAAGAGCAUCGAAGGCGGAAGUGAACAGGAAACUGUCUCCGCUCCUGCUCUAGCUUCCUCGUAUGCAUCCAAUUACACGUUGGAGCAAAUAAAACUCGGUCCAAAAAUGUCAUACCUAUGUCUAAUCCCUCCUCCGUCGGAAGAGAACAACCCCAAUAUAUCGGAUGACUCCACGACGGAUACCACUCCAGCACAUAGCUGGUCGCUCUUGCAACCCCUCACAGGCACAUGUCUCUAUCAUAAGCAGGGCUGGUUCACGUACUCAUACUGUCACAAUUCGCAUGUGAGGCAGUUCCACGAACUGCCGCAUCAGCAUCCACACCGCCUAGGCGAAUACAAGCCCCAAGAAGACACAGAGUGGGAAGCAUACACUCUCGGCAGAGCUCCACCUCAGCUGGAGCCAGGUGCAGAUCUCACCGUCGCGGAGGAAGCCGCCGUCGCUGCCAACCUCGAACUAGCGAAAGGUGCCGGGUCGCACUAUCUCGUCCAGCGAUGGGGCGACGGCACCUACUGCGAGAAGACUGGCCAGAAGAGAGAAGUCGAAGUCCAGUUCCAUUGUUCCAUGACGAUGACGGACACGAUUCUUUUCGUGAAGGAAACACAGACAUGCCACUAUGUGUUGCACAUCGCAACGCCGCGUCUAUGCGGCGUGCCCGGGUUUAAGUCGCGGCAUGACUCCCGCGAGGAAACGUACAUCCGCUGCCGCGAGAUCCUUGACGCAGAGGAGUACGAGCAGGCCGACCGUGCACUCCCCCCUGCCGGCCAGCCUCUGAAAAAACCGAAACGUGUUAAACCAGUGAUCGCACCGCCGCCCUUAGAGAACUCAGAUGUGGACGGAAAGCCAUCAGGCAAGACUCUGGGCGACCCCUUGCGACGAGCACUCGAACAGUUCCUCACGCGCAACCAUCUCAAAGGUGGCGUGGCUCCCGAGAUAGUGAUCGAGGAAUUUGAAGAUGGCGAUGGCGACCUCGUGAUCGAGUUUGUCGAAGCUGAUGUUAUGCUAGACGGAGAGGACGAGGAGACCAUUACCCUCGCAGGGGAGUCCCUAGCUGAUCUUCUCCGCGCUGCCGGAUACGACAUUAAGAGUGGCGCAGAGAAGUCAAAGAAGAAGACAAAGGAAAGGGAGGAUUCGGACGGAGCGAAGGACCAGCGCCGAGAUGAACUCUGACGCGAACGCUUCCUGCCCGAUCACUACUAGCGUUCUUCUUGUCUUCGUGUAUGUUUCCAUAGCAUUGUCACAGCUGUGGCAUCGGCUAAAGCGAAAUCUGGCGACAUGUGUGAUUAAUGGAGGAAGUCCAUUGUAUUUGAUUGUGUGUAAACAUACAAUUACAUGAGUACUCUUUUCUAUCUGCGCUAUCAUAGACAAUAUAUAUACUGCAUUUUGGAUCAUGGAC